GCGAGGUCAUGGUCAGCCUGGACCAGCUGUGCGAGGCGCUGGAGGAGCUGGGGGCGGGCGAGGAGAUCUAUGCGCAUUUUGACAUUGAGUGGAAGAGCACUGUGGAUGUGGAGAAAAUGCUGGAGACCUUGAAGAGCUCGCGGGGCACCAGCCUUCAGGGGGAGCUGAGCUACGUCACCAGGAAGCUCCAGGCCUGCUCCCUGGUUCCUGGUUUCAUCGACAUCUUCUCUGAAUCCAAGGAGAGCCUGGGGGUCUACUCUGCCAUGAUCUUGCGAUUUCUCCACCAGAAGCGGGUCGCCAGCCUGGCGCUGCCUUACCCCCUCUUGGAUUACUGCCACACCAUGUGUGCCAUGAGGUCUUCUGUGCUCAGGGAGUCUCUGGACCAGCUGGUGCGGAAGGACAAGGAGGGUCCGGGAGAGCUGAACGGCAACCAGGAAUCAGAGGAGCUCAGGGCCGUUGCCAAGUGCUACACUUACAUUGAGACGUCAUCCAACUCUGCUGACAUCGACAAGAUGACCAACGGAGAAACGUCAUCUUAUUGGCAGUCUGACGGUAGCGCCCGCUCCCACUGGAUUCGCUUAAAGAUGAAGCCAGAUGUUGUCCUCAGGCACCUGUCCAUCGCCGUGGCGGCGAGUGACCAGAGCUACAUGCCGCAGCAGGUCACGGUGGCCGUGGGGAGGAGCGCCGGCAAUCUCCAGGAGGUCCGAGAUGUUCACAUCCCCAGUAACGUCACGGGCUACGUGACGCUGCUGGAAAACGCAAACAUUAGUCAGCUGUACGUCCAGAUUAACGUGAAGCGCUGCCUCAGUGAUGGCUGUGAUACCAGGAUCCACGGGCUCAGGGCCGUGGGCUUCCAGAGAGUGCGCAGAGGGGGUAUCUCGGUGUCAGACGCUUCUGCCAUCUGGUACUGGUCCCUCCUGACAUCCCUGGUGACGGCAUCCAUGGAGACGAGCCCAGUGUUCGUUCAGACGAUCCUGCAGAACACUCAGAAGGCCCUGCAGCACAUGCCUCCACUGUCCCUCUCCCCGGCAUCCACAGACGGGGCCAGCUUCCUGUCUCCCAGCGUCCUGGGUGAGGUGGACGGCUUCCUGGUGAGGAUAACCAGUUGCUUGGCUAGCCCAGAGGUGGAGUUGACCCUGCUGGCCUUUGCUCUGGCCAGAGGGAGUAUUGCCAAAGUGCUCAACUCUCUGUGUGCCAUCACUGACCACUUGGAUACCCCCUACCAGGCCUCGGCCCUGAUUUCUUCGAUGGCCACUGUUCGACAGAAUCUGCUUUAUAAAUAUGGCAGGAUUCUGCAACCAACUCUUCAAGCAUGUGACGUCAAAGGGAAAGAAGAGAGAUCAGGACCAGAAAACCUUCUGGCUGAGCCAUGGACUGGAGAUGGUUUUCUCACGGAGACUGGCAAGACCAGGGCAAGUGUCAUCUUCUCCACGGGCACGGAGGCGGCCUUCCAGGUCACACAGCUGAGGAUCAAGGUGCGCCGAGGGGACAUCGGGGCCCAGUGCGGACUGGUGUUUGCGUAUAAUUCUUCCUUGGAAAAGUUCCAUGCCGAGGAGCACUUUAAAAGGUUCGAGAAAUAUGACACCUGGAAGCUCCCGGAGUUCAGGCAGUUUCUAAAAAGCAGGGUGGGCGGCUCCUCUGCAGACCUUGGGGAGGACGAGCCCGCUGGCUGGUUUGAAGCCGAGGAAGAUUGGGACGAAGUGGACGUGAAGAUGCAUCAGUGCCGGGUGGCCAAGUAUUUGAUGGUCAAGUUCUUAUGUACGCGGCAAGAUGCAGCCGAGCGCCUGGGUGUCCAGGGCUUGAGCAUGUAUGGCUACCUGCGCCCUGCCGGUGUGGAGCUUGGCCCGAGCACAGACUGUGCCACCUGUGACCCAGAAGCCGAUCGCAUCUGCGGCAUGACACUGCUCUUGAAGACACUGUCUUUUGUCCAGCAGCUGGCCCAGGACCUGGCACGACAGAGGGAAAGUGGCUUCAAGCAUAAACCCCUGCUGGACACGGCUGGCCUCAGCCUGCAACUCUUCUGGGGCUUUUACAGCAAACUGGAGGCCAGCCCAAGGGAAGAAUGUGUCCUGGCCCGAACCAUGCUGCUGCAGCUUCUCCAGAGCUGUUUGUCCGAGCUCUCGGUGGACUCCCAGCCUGCAGCGGGCCGGGGCUCUCCACCAGGCACGGGGCUUCAGAGCAAGUGCAGCAUGCAGCAGGCCGCCCCAGAGGAGCUGUAUGCACACCUGUGCCAAGUGGUGGAUCAGGCAGGGGACGACUCUGAGCCAGUGCAAAGACUCCAAGCGGAGGUCAGGAACACACUUCUCCAGGGAGCUGCCGUCUUCUUUCCUGAUGGCCGUGCCCGGCGCCGUCAUCUGUUUGCCAUGAUGAAGACCGUCGCUGAGCCUGAGCAGAAGCCGUCUGCGCAUCUCACCUUCAGGGCCUUGUGCACAUAUUUUAGUGGCCGCGACCCCGGGGGCCUGCUGCUGCUCCCAGAGAAGGGAGGCCCCGAGGGGCUGGAUGUGGACGAAGUGCUGACCGUCAUGGACAUGCUGCAGGCCGCUGCUGCCCGUGAGUGUGACUCACUGAUGCAGGAUGGUACCCCAGGGGAGAGCAGCCCUGCCCUGUUCUCCCUGCUCUGGUCAGUGCAGGGCAGCUUGCUGUCCUGGUGCUACCUGCAGCUCAAGAGCAGCGAGGCACAGGCCAAGAAGCUGGCAGCCGAAAUGGUGGAGAAAUACGUGGGACAGUUCCUGGCCAGCAUGAGAGUGGUUUUGCGGUCACUUUUGUCCCAGUACAGUGGAAAAAAAAUAGUAGAGAAUCUGUGUGGCUCUGUGUUUGCCAUGGCGGCUCGUCAACUGGCCAUCUUUCUGCUGGACUUCUGCUCCUUGGACAUCCCACACUUGGUGCUCUUGAAGGACUUCAGCACCUUGACGGACCUCUUGAAGGGCCUCUGCAGUGACCCUGACGGAGGAGCCAGUCUGAUGGACAUGGAGAUCUGGCAGCAGGAGAAGCCAGUGGUGUUGAACACGUGGACGAUGGAAUCUGCCCAUAACUACAAUAACAACUGCCAUGAGGUGGCCGUCUUCCUCAGCCCGGGGGCCACCUCCUUUGAGGUGGAGUUUGAUGACAAGUGUGAGACAGAGACCAGGUACGAUUACCUGGAAUUCACCGACUCUCGGGGCCUGAAGACCCGUUAUGACACCAAGGUUGGCACGGACAAGUGGCCCAAGAAAGUGACCUUCAAGGUGGGCCCCCAGCUGCACUUUCUCUUCCACUCGGACAGCAGCAACAAUGAGUGGGGUUACAAGUUCACAGUCACGGCCUACGGCCUGCCAGACGUGGCCGUGUCCUGGGGCCUGGACCUCCAGCUCCUAGUCUCCAGGCUGAUGGGGCGCCUGGCCUCCCAGUGCCUGGCCUUGCGAGCGGAUCAGUUAGGGGGUGAUGUGGGACUGCCCAUGGCCAAAGUGACACCCGUCCUUCAUUCUCCUUUGUGGAAACCAGUCUUCAGGCACCAGCUGUGCCCGGCAGGGGUCCUGAGAGCCUGUGGGCCCACUCCGCCCCAGGAUGGCAAAGAGAGUCGGAGCUCUCAGGCCGACGUCUGCCGUGAUCUCCUCAUGGACUUCGCAAAGUCAGACCCUGCCCAGGGCUUCUGUGGGCAAAGUCCUGAGCUUUUCCAAGGACUCACACAGGCAUGUAAAAAACAAGCCCCACAGACAGAUAGCGUUGCUGGUUCCAUUGUGGAUCGAGCCGUGAACGCCGCGUUUGCCGCGUUGGUGUAUCUCACGCCACAGCUGCAUGAGAAUCUGCAGAAUUAUGUUAACAGUGGGGGCCAGGGAGUGCUGAGUGAGGAGUUUGCCCAGGUGUACGCUCUGGCCGAGGGCAUUAGGAUUUGGAUGUUAGAAAUGAAGCAGAAGUUCCUGCUGGACCAGGGAGACGAGCGGGAAGGAGAGCCCGACAUCACCGUGCGGGUGGUGAACCCGGAGAUCCUGGCCAAACGGUGUGCUCAGAAGGGUCUUCUGUUGCUGCAAUUCCUGCCCAUGGGAGUGAGCCCCAAAGUGGGUCCUUGGGAGGCAUCGGCCGGCCCAGAUGAAGCCACACACCUCCAGCCGCAGGGCCAAGGGUGCAGGUCCGUGGAGGAGACCCGGCCAGUGCCCACAGUGACCGAGAAAUACCCCCUUCUCAAGGAUGUGAUGGACUUCAUUAAGGACCAGGAGCUUUCCCACGAAAGCGUUUUGAAGGUUCUUUCUCUGAAGAAAGCCCAGGCCAUGAACGUCUUGGAUGCCCUGAAGGCGACCCUGCGGUGCUUGGAGCUCCUUGGGCGACCGCACUGCUUUCAGCCCCCGUGUUUGCUCUUCCUGCUGGAGCUGCUCACCUGCCAGAAGGACUUUGCCAACUAUUUUGGACACUUGGAGGGCUGCGGGGCCAAGCUGCACAGAGAAAUCCGACGUGCCUACCACCGGCUUGUCCAGUUCAUGGUGGAUGCCGUGAAGGACUUUGGCGCUCUGGAGGACAGGUCGCUCCUCCCUGCCUGGUCCUGUGUUCAAGCAUGCUUGCUCCAUCUUCUGGAUAUGGGCUGGGAGCCCAGUGACCUUCCCUUCUUGCUGGAGAUUGGGUUGCCGGAGCUGCUCAUGACAAUGUCCCAAGAAAACAUAAGUCUUCAUGACAGUGUGAUCUGCCAGUGGAGCGAAGAAGACGAGAUGGCGUCCUACAAGCAGACGUCGGAGUGGAUGGAGGAGUGCCAGGAUGGGAUGUUCGAGGCCUGGUAUGAGAAGAUUGCUCAGAUGGACUCGGAGAAGCAGAGGAAGAUGCACAUGUUCAUCGCCCGCUACUGCGAUCUGUUAAACGUGGACAUCUCCUGUGACGGCUGCGAUGAGAUUGCCCCCUGGCGUCGCUACCGCUGUCUCCAGUGUCACGACAUGGAUCUCUGCAAGACGUGCUUCUUGGGCGGAGUGAAGCCCGAAGGCCAUGAGGAUGACCACGAGAUGGUGAACAUGGAAUAUGCCUGUGACCAUUGCCGCGGGGUGAUCGUAGGCCGCAGGAUGAACUGUGACGUGUGCCCUGACUUUGACCUCUGCUAUGGAUGCUACUCAGCCAAGAAGUAUGCAGCCAGCCACCUGCCCAGCCACGGCAUCACCGUCUACCCCAUGGUGACGAUUCGCACCAGUGACCGCCAGAGGCUUCUCCAGCCCUAUAUCCACAACUAUUCCUGGCUGCUCUUUGCUGCCCUGAUGCUGUACACUGCUGACCUGGCCAGCGGGGGUGAGGUCGAAGGGGAGAGGCCAGGCACUGAGGCCUGUCAGGCUGCUGCUGCCCUUCAGGGUCAGUGCCUGCAGCUCAUCGGGGACUGCCUGGUGAAGGCGCAGCAGGCCGGAGAUGGGGACUUGUCUUUGGAAAGUGAAAUGAUCUCCGCCAGCUCUUCUCGAGAUGGUGCCACAGAGAUGGGGGAGAAAGCUGCCGAGGAGAUGGGUGGGGUGGACCAGGGCCAAGGAGAUGCAUGCCAUGAAACGCUGUCAUCAGGUGACAGAAAUGAGAGUCCGUCUUCGAGGAAGGUGCCAUCAGGCCAAGCCUUCCCUGACGCCGAUGUCGCAGGGCUUCCAGGUCCUUCCUCUUUGAAGACAGUGGAGGAGAAAAUUGUAGCCUUGAGCCCUGAGCACGUGUUUGCAGAAUGUUCCCAGAAGAGAAUCUUGGGAUUGCUGGCCGCCAUGUUGCCGCCUUUACAAUCAGGCUCCACCAUCUCCUGGGCAAACCUGGAACACAUUCUUCCCCUGAUGUUCCAAGGGGUGAUCUCGAAUGCAGGUCACCUGAAUGAAACCUACCACUUGACCCUAGGCCUGCUGGGCCAGUUCAUCAUCCGGCUCUUGCCAGCACAGGUGGACACCGCAGUGACCAAGGCCCUGUCAGCCAAACAUACCCUGUUUUCAUCAGGCGACGGGUCGGCUGUGCCCGAGGGCUGGAAGACAGUUCACCUGCUUUUCAGCCUGGGAGCUGUGUGCCUAGACAGCCGUGUGGGUCUGGACUGGGCGUGCUCCAUGGCAGACAUCCUGCGUGCCUUGCACAGCUGCCCCAGGUGGCGCAGCGUGGUCAUGGCUUUCACGGACCAUUGCCUGAAGCAGCUGCCUUUCCAGCUGAAGCACACCAACAUCUUCACGCUGCUUGUGCUCGUGGGAUUUCCCGAGGUGCUGUGUGUGGGUGCACGCUCCGUGUACUUGGACAAUGCCAGUGAGCCUCACGACGUGAUCGUCCUGAAGCACUUCACAGAGAAGAGCCGAGCCAUCGUUGUGGAUGUCAAGACCCGCAAACGAAACACAGUCAAAGACUGCCAGCUGGUGCAGCCGUGUGGCCAAGGGAGCCCAGCCUCAUCUACGCCGCUGAGCUCCCACCUGCACUACUUCACAUCCAUAAGCAUUGAGCUGCUGAGCAGCAGCCUGGACCGUGGCUGCUCGGAGGCCGUGGAGGCCACAUGGGUGCUGUCCUUGGCUCUCAAAGGCCUGUACAGAACGCUGAAGGUGCACAGCUUUGAAGGAAUACACACAGUCUUCCUGGAGUCAGGGUUACUGAAGCUGCUGGUGAAGAAAUGCAGCCGAGGCACUGGCUUCAGUAAAACGUGGCUGCUGCGUGACUUGGAGAUCCUGUCUGUCCUGUUGUACUCAUCCAAGAAGGAGCUGGGCAACAGGGCCCAGCCGGAGCCCGGGGCUGGGCCUCUGCAGCCAGACAGCUCUCCAGGGGACGUGGGGCAGAGCAAGCCCGACCCGCUCGAGGGCCUGGAUGAGGCUACCAAGGUCUGUUUCCUGAUGACUCAUGACGCCCUGAACGCCCCCUUGCCCAUUCUCCGGGCCAUGUAUGAGCUGCAGAUGAAGAGGACAGAUUCCUUCUUUCUGGAGGUUCAGAGGAGGUUCGAUGGGGAUGUGAUCACCACUGAUGAACAGAUUCGGAGCCUCGCCCAGAAAUGGCAGCCCCGGAAGCGCCUGCGGCUGGAAGAGCCGGCCUCGCGGGCUGCAGACAUGGAUGCGAUGGUUCUGCCGUGCUGGUCGAAGCCAGCAGCCUGUGACCGAGCGGCCGAAGAGUCCGACCCCGUGACCCAGAAGCUGAUCGCCAGCACUGAGGGUGACCUGCAGCUCAGCUACACCAAGCAGCGCCGGGCCAAGAGUGCCGGGCUCCUGCACAAGGAGCUGGGCUCUCGGGCCAAGAGCACCACCCGUGCCUACCUGCACCGUGUGAACGAGGCCACGGCUGUCCUCUACGCCCGGCAUGUGCUGGCCUCCCUCCUUGCCCAGUGGCCGGAGUCCGUGCCCAUCACCGCCGACGUCCUGGAGCUCAGCAGCCCAGCCCAGAUGGCCUACAUCCUAGAUAUGUUCAUGCAGCUGGAGGAGACGCAGCUGUGGGAGGAGAUCCUGCACAAAGUGCUCCGUGGCUGCAGCGAGGACAUGCUGGGCCCCAUGGCGCUCACCGCCUGCCACUUCAUGGAGGAGCCAGGGACGGCUGUGCAAGUGCGUGAAUCCAAGCACCCAUAUAAAAACAACACCACCUUUGAGGACAAAGUUCACAUCCCUGGUGCCAUCUACCUCUCUGUGAAGUUUGACCCUCAGUGUAGCACUGAGGAGGGCUGUGAUGAGCUCACCAUGUCCAGCAGCAGUGACUUCCAGCAGGACCGCCACAGCUUCAGUGGCUCCUCACAGAAAUGGAUCGAUUUUGAGCUUCCAGGAGACACGCUGUACUACAGAUUCACUUCCGACAUGAGCAACACGGAAUGGGGUUAUAAGUUCACUGUAACUGCAGGACAUCUCGGCAGAUUUCAGACAGGAUUUGAGAUUUUGAAGAAGUUGUUGUCAGAGGAGAGGAUAAUUCCUCACCUGCCCCUGGCAAAAAUCUGGGCGUGGCAGGUGGGUGUGGCCUGCCGCCAGACCGGUCACCAGAGACUCAAAGCGAUCCACUUACUUCUGAAGAUGGUGCUGUGUGGCGCCCCCAGUGACCUCUAUGACCUCACCCUGCUCAAGCCCCUCUGGCAGCUUUUUGCCCAAAUGGAAAAGGGCCUGUGCCAGGAUGUGAGUCCACCUAACGUCCUCCUGCCCCUGCACCGAGCCCUCACUGAGCUUUUCUUUGUUACUGAGAACAGAGUCCAGGAACUAGGCUGCUCACAAGACUACGUGCUUGCCUUAACGACAGACGACUAUCUUCUCUGCUGCACGGCCCAGGCUUUGAGAAACAUUGCCGCCAUCAGUCUCGCCAUUGACUACCCAAACAAAUCGACCAGUGUCUGGAAGGGCUAACGUCGCCGCCGGCCCCCUUGGCAGAAGGCGUGUCCUCUGCUUCACUGUGCGCCCGGACCAGGGCGUAGGGGAGUAUAUUAGUCCCAACGAACACGUGCUUACGUUAUCCAGACAGUCCAAUGAGAAGAGCCAUCGUGGAAGGUCACUUCUGAAAGGCCUUCCUCCUCUGGGGAGAGAGCCCUUGGGCUCCGUCCUUGGGGGCGGUUUGUUUCUUGUGGCUGUGGAUAAGCUUUAGCUGUGCUGGCAGAGAGACCCUUUUGGGGCCAGCCCUGGAGGACCGUGGGCGGACAAGUGACCUUCCAAGAACCAAACAGACCUGACACUGGUGUGCUCGGACCCUGGUGUCUGAUGGUGGCUGAGCUUCCUCCCCCUCAGCCCCUGGAGCACUUUCACUCGCACACGGGCUCCUCAAGGCAUUUGCUGCUCAGGCCGCACGGCGUCUGCGGGGGACAGAAGGCGGUGGACUAUGGCUCACCGAGGGGCUGACUGAGGCCAGCCCUCUUGUUGAAAACAUAAAGGAUUCUCCCCAUUUUUUCCCUCUUCCAUUACUGGUGACUUCACAUUUGAAAGGGGCAGUACUGAUCAGGUUGACCUGCAACCAUGGCCUGACUGGAACGGUUCUGAAAUCAGCGCAGUAACUGGGUUGGUCCAAAUGUCCGCUUUGAUCUCAGUCUUCAGCUGUUGGUUACCCAAGAAAUAGGAAGUCAGGGUCCGAGGAGGUGGUGCCUAUGUUCUCACUGCACCCCAAGGGGGACACCUACCUCCCUGGCCUGGCUGUGACUUUGUGCGCCACCGUUAGGAAUGCCUGGAUCAGAGUCGGCUAAGACUCCAGGUCCAACGAAGAGGCCGGUGGUGGGUCUGUGUGUGUCUUCCUUCCCCCGCUCUGCUCCGCAGUUCAAAACUUGACUUUGUGAGGCCAAAACCAGUGUGGCCAGAGAGACCUUGGCCUAGGGUCUGAAGAGAAGGACUUCCUGCUCGGGCUUGUGGGUGUCCCGCCUGCCCCCCCCCCCCCCCAGCGCUGUCUGAUCAGGUGCCCUGUGGGUGCUCGGUCCUAGCUCCUGCACAUGAUCCCAGAGUAAAGCAAAGGUGCCUGGGGGUGGGGGGGAGGGGGUGGCGGCGAAUGCACCACUCAGAUCUGCUGAAGGACCUUGGCAGGAGCUUUGUUUUGUUUCUGACAUCAGGAAGAUCAGUUGUGAAUAAACCCUGAUCUCAUCAGAGAUGGUUCCCACUCUGCUGGCUUUUUGUUGCAUCGGGGCAGUCACAGGAAAGCCGAGCAGACUGCCUUGUGUCGGCCGAUGGCCCCCUUUCUCCUAAAGGACUGUGACCCCCUCGGACACGACAGAGUGUCCAGUUCACACUGCCUUAUAGCUGACUUCUGGGAUUGUCGCUGAUUUGGACAGGAGCGCAGGAAUGUUCUUUGGGCCCUGACCAGUGAUGCCUGUGGGGGGAAGGGAAGGGGGGACACAGGUAUUGCUGAGAGGUAUGCUAGAAAUAUGUGCCUAAUGAAGAUUAAAACAGUUCUUUGCUCCAAAUGAUUUACGAUGUAAAAAACUAUACUGCUAAUGAGACGCGACUUAUUUUCAUUAAACAGUUUGAGAUUUCUUUUCUUACGGGUUUCCUAUUUUGGAUUUUUAUUUGGUUAAAGAGAAAGCAUUGAGAUGAUACCAGUUGCGUUCAGGCUGUAAAAAGAAAGGUGUGGGUAUACUAUACAAAUGAAGAGAAAUAUAUUGUAAAAAUUCUAUAUAAAAAA